AUGCGCAGCGUUCCCAUUGUUGCGGUUAUUAUUCUUGUUAUUUUUUUUUCCGCCCUCCUCCUUCCCGCAGCCUUUUUAUUUCUUUGUGAUUCACUUCUUCCUCGCACCCUCUCUUUCCAAAUUUCAUCCGCAACGAUCUCGCUGUGCUUUGCCAGCGUGAGAGAGAAACGGAAAGAGUGGGUGCGAAGCGACGCCAUGAAGAAGCUGAACGUGCUCCCCCUCUUUACUCUUCCUUUUUUUUUUGGUGUUUCGCGAUGUAUCUUCGUUAUGGUCUUUUCCGUUGUCGCAAAAAGAAAAAAGAAGAAGUCUUCUUCUUCUAUUGUUAUCAUUAUGGUAGAGAAGCGGUGGAAUGCACACAUUCAAAGAAACGAUGGCGUCUUCCAUGCGCAGCUGGGCGUGCGAUCGAAUGAAACUCAAUGCGCGUCGCAGCUUUCGGGUUUUCCGGCUCUUGCUGCACCGCGGUUUCGGCGACAACGAUCAUGCUGCCCGGUGCGCUAUUUAUUUUUUCUAAAUACAAAUACUGUUUCCUUUUCUUCGUUCCUUCUGCGAACAGAGUGUCGGAGGAAAAAUGGGCGUAAAAAACACCCUCAAAAAGAACCUCAAAAAAGAAAAGAAAAACACUCUCUGCAAUUGCUCAACAACGUAAUGACGUAA